GCUUAUGUUGGCCAAACUGCGUGUUAUGGUGUCGAAUGCGUAGUGUGCUUUUAAGAGAAUUCGCGAAUUUAAACAUUUAAAUAUUAGUUAUUAGAAACUGUAUAGGUGCUCAAUACCAAAUGUGUUUAAUUUCUACUAUAUUAUUUGGUUGAUUACGUUAGUCAAGAUACAUUUUGUGUACAUUUUACUAAUUCCCAUAUUGGGAUGGCGCAAAAUGGCGGCUAAUGUUUUUAUAGACAGACGCGAUGCAUCUAAUAAAGCGAAAAUGGGCUAAAAAGAGAGUUUUUGUGCCUUAUUAAACGUGUAUUAAAUAGUUUAUCACAAUGUCUAACACUGUUAUUACAAACUACACGGACUUAAAUGGACCAUCUACCAAAACUGACAAUUCGGUGGUUGUUAUUGUAAAUAAGGAUGGAUCUCUAUCAGUAGAUCAAAAAUUACUUGGCACAUUAAUGGGUAGUGAUGGUUCCCAAGCGGCAGGUAUAAGUGUAGUUAGAGUUGGUCACGAAGGCAGGCCUGAUGAUGCAACUGACUCUGAAAAUGAAGAUGAUAAAGUUCCGCAUGUUACAUUAUCUGUUGACAGCUACUAUGAUGAACCAGACAGUAUAAUUAAAUAUGAUAGUGGGGCUGAAAUGUUGCAAUCAUUACGCAUUGAAACAAGAGAAAAUAGUCUUAUUGGCUUUCAUAAUGAUCAUUGUUAUACUCCACUUACUUCACCAAGUCAAAUAUUACCACAAAAGAGUGAAUCAUUUACAACAUUUGAUGAUCCCAUAAUUGAAAUAACACAUCAACCUCCUCCGAAACCAGUGACCAAUCCAAAGAAAAUUUCAAUUCUGGAUCAAAAAAUAUUGCCUAAAGGUAAAAAGAUAAUAUUUACUCCUGCUGAACCCUCUGUGGUCAUUAAAGGCAAAGAUGCUCUUAAUAAAUCAUUGCCUAUCCUAUCAAAAGCUAAGACCCUGUCACCAAUUGUAAAGAAGUUGGAGCCUGUAAAGUCAGAUGACCAAAAUGACUCCUCUUCACAAAGUUCUUCUGGCGAUAGUGCUCCAGAUAGGGACUCUGAUUCAGAUUAUAAAGACUCUAAAGAUAGAUCAUUGCCUCAGAAAAUGCGAAAACCUAAAAUGAAACCAAGAAUUUUAAAAGCUCAGUUGCCUAAAGGAAAUAAAUUAGAGCCAAAAAUAGCAUCAAGGUUAAAGGCCAACAAAAAUAUACUCAAAAAAGAAAUGAAAGAGAAAAAUCUAAGCAGAAGCCUCAUUUUGCCAAAGAAACAACAUGAUGCAGAAAUUCUUGGUCCUAAAGAAAUAAUUCCAUCUACACCUCCAUCACAAACAAUAACAGAACAGAUGAAAGGCACACCAAAACCAAAUACAAAAGUUAUUAAGAGGGAAAAGAAAACCCCCGCUCAUGUGUCAGCACUAUUAUCGGAUAUGACAUCAUUGUUUUCCACACCAGAUGUCAUUAGAAGGGUCUCUACUGAGAAUAAGAUUCCUGUUAAGGAAACAAGCCCUGUUAAUAAAAAACAGAAUGAGUGUAGGUCUCUGGAAUCCGCCACUGAUAGAACUAUGGAAGUUUCUAAAGCACUUGAAAACAUGGAAAGUAAAACUCCAAAACCGUAUGUAAAGAAGAUAGCAAAUAUCACUGAUAAGGUAAAGGCUUACGAUCCAAUACCUCAACUGGAUGAUGCAAGUUUGGCUCAGAUUCUUCAAGAUACAACUACUAAAGUAAAUCCCAGUAUUACGGCUGCUAAUGUCAUUAAUAGUCCAGGAUUAGCAGGUCCACUCUCACCGACCUUAGAUCUGUUGGUUGGACUACAGCCAGAGGAAGAUGGCUUGACGGAGGAUAUUCUAAUGCAUGUGGCACAACUGGUUGAAAGUUCUGAAAAUUUACAGGAGGUUUUGGACAAACAAGUACUUGGCAAGGUUGAUUCAAUACCCAAAGUUCAUCAGCCAGUCCAGCCAUUUAAUCCACAGGUGACGCAACCGCAAGCUCAACAAUUACACUUGCAGAUGCAAUCUCCGGUAUAUCCUCCAAGCCCAACAAAACCUAAGUGCUUAUUACCAAAGAAGGAUCCUAUAGAAAUUGUGAGAAAAGAUGGCAGGGUGAUAACUUUGCCACCAAUUGAAGCACCAGCGACCAGAUCUUCAAAGAGGAAAACCCAAGGGGAGCCACCGAUUGUGCCGGACGUGCCCUCCUCUAUUGUUCAGCAAGUGCCUAUGACACCAGAGCCUCUUCUUCAUCAAGCACAAGCCUCAAAACAAUACAGCAAUAAGAAACUGGUGAAGAAGAUAGAUCAACCAGUAAGUUCCCCAGUGAUUGAGAAAUCUGGUGAAUCGCAAGAGAGCUGGAAUUCCGAAGAUGACCCAAACAGGCUUUGGUGUAUAUGCAAACAGCCGCACAAUAACCGUUUCAUGAUAUGCUGUGACGGCUGUGAAGAUUGGUUCCAUGGGAAGUGUGUAAACAUCACUAAAGCGAUGGGUCAGCAGAUGGAGGAACAGGGCAUUGAAUGGAGAUGUCCCAAGUGUGUCAAGAAUACACCCAAGGGAGCCAAGGUGCCACUUCAAAGAAAGUUAGAUAUGCCCCAAGGGAUGAAAGAUGCAGUGAAGGCUGGAUGUAUCGUGUGCAAGAAACCUGCUCGCGCAAGCAGCAUCUAUUGUAGCGAUUCAUGUAUUCUAAAACAUGCGCAAGAUUCGCUUGGCUCCAAAACUGAUGUCCCGGGUAAACCUGCGGAUAAAGCCUCCGAGUCCAGGGUAAUCGUCUAUGAAAGGAAAUCAGGUAGGUUAUUAGCAGGUCCGAAUGCACCAACCGCGGAAAACUUGAAGAGCUGGCUGCAAAAGAACCCAACGUUUGAAGUUGUGCGUCCUGGCACGCUCAGUUCGAUAAAACCAAAUGCCGCGCGAAAGAAGUCGCUUGAGGUUUCAAACAAAAUUCAGACUACGCUCAACUUUUCUAAAGUACCAAGAAAGGAAACGCCGACGCCGAAAAUUAUUAAUACAGAACACAAAGACAAUUUGGAAUAUAAACAGACAAAGUCAAAAUCACUUAUGGCCCCGCGAGAGCAAGCAAAAAUAACUGUUACGCCGAGGGGAACCUUGAAAUUAAUAACUACUCGAGAGGAGCCGAAGACGCCCCAACCGAAGACGCCAACAACACCCAAACCAGUUCAGAAUUUGAUAGAAACACCUAAGAGCUCUCUUAAAGCCUCCAACGAGGUUAGGAAAAGGGCGUUGAAUCGAUCGCAGUUAUCUGUUGAAAAGGCCAGCACAGUAUCACAACCGGCAUCGCGCCGCAAAGAUACGCAAGACAAGAAGAAAAUGGACUCGGAAGAGGAAAUACGUGAAAAUGUAAAGAAAUCUUUACAAGAGCAGAUCAGUUUACGAAUGAGUGAAAAUGAAGGAAAGAAGUUGACUGAAGAAGAAAUAGAAGAGUAUGCGGUCGAUACUGAAAUUGAAUUAUUUGAGCUUUUUAACCAUGACGUAGGAAUGAAGUACAAGGCUAAAUAUCGAUCUUUGAUGUUUAAUAUCAAGGAUCGUAAGAACUUAUCGUUGUGGAGAAAAAUAUGCGAAAAGAAAUUAAAGCCUGGUGAACUGGUGCGGCUUUCCCCGGAAGAAUUGGCCAGCCAAGAGCUCGCCCAAUGGAGAGAAGAAGAGUCUAAACAUCAGUUGGAAUUGAUUAAAAAAUCUGAAAUUGAUCUUUUAGCUGCUAGCAAAACUUAUGUAUUAAAGACGCACAAAGGAGAAGAGGUUAUGGAGAAAAAAGAAUCGGUUCAAACCGAAUUAGAUCCGAAUGUUCCGGUUGAAGAAAUAGUAACUGCAUUAAACGUUGCCGUGGGAGACGGUCUACCUCCACCGGUUGAUAACGCCGAAGGGACUAAGGCGAAGGAAAAUAAAAAAUCCAGCAAUAGCCGUAAAAAGGUUAAAAAUAAAAAGUCCAGUCAUUCCAAGAAGGAUCGUGAGACAAAGCGAGAAUCUGAAAAGAGGAAAUCGAGGUCCUCUCGCUCUGAGGUCGAAAGAGAGCAUAGAACGAGACGCUCCAAGAAGGCGAGAUCUGAUCGAUCGGAAUCCAAAGAGCGCAAACUGGAGAAAGAGAGAGAUUCAGAAAGGCGGAGGUCUCGCUCGCGUGCGUCCAAGACUAAAAAGCGAUCUCGCGAUCGUUCGAGAUCUGAGUCCCGUGGGCGAGAGCGGGAUAGAGAACGCUCUGCAUCUCGGGAUAGCACGAAACGCCGUCGCCGCUCACGAUCCACUCGCAAGAGUGUCGCCGAAGAUAAACAUCGCUCCCGAUCGCAAGACAAUGUUACACAUAAGAAUGAUUCAACAGAUUCAGACUCGAUUGAACGUCCAAAGUCGGCAAUGAUGAAGGAAGUACAUCCGGAAUAUGAUCCUCAUGAGCCGAUGAUAACGUCUGCGUUUUCUGAGGAUGAUCUUCAUAAGUCACGCGAAGACACCGACGAGGAGACAUACAAGAAUGAGAUCAGCGAAUAUGGCAAUGUAGAUAUUACUUCAAUGAAAUCGUUCGCCGUGGAAACCGAUAUUCCUCUGCCUCCGCCUGUGUACAAGGAGAAGCCCGCGGCUGAAGUAGAAAGUGACCAAGAGCCCAGUAGCACAGUGGAUAAUGCCGCAGUGACAGUUUGGAAUGGUUGCAUCAAUAUGGUGGAUGUCGCUCGGUUUUAUGUUGCUGCGCAUGAGGUAUCAGGUAACGCAGUAGACUUGGAAGAUGACUUAUCAGCAGAACUGGAUAUAGUUGGCAGAAUAAACCCAGAUACAGUGUGGGAUUAUAUUGGGAAAAUGAAGCGCACCAGCAAUAAGGAUAUUGUCAUUUUACGACUACAAGCAGCCAAUGAUGAGGAGAGAAUGCAAUACAUUGCACUCUAUAGCUAUUUAAGUAGUCGAAAUAGAUUGGGUGUGGUGAAGGUGACGAAUACAGCCACCGUGAAGGACUUUUACAUUCUUCCUUUGUCGGCGAAUAAGGCUUUGCCGCCCGUUCUUCUUCCACUAGACGGGCCGGGCCUCGGUGACGUCAAGACACACCUUUUAAUCGCAAUUAUAAUAAGACAAAGGAAGAAACGACCGCCUACUCACAUUCCCAAAGAUUUAAUACCAGCUAAGUUGGCACGAGAAUCUCGCAAGAAGUCAUACACGCCGCCUUUGUCACCUCGCAACCGGCCGACGAACUUGUCUUACACAUCUUCUUUGCUCUCUUCAACCGUGAAGGACAAAAUUGCUGCUUCAUUAGCGGCCGAUGAUGAUGAGCCCUACAGUCCUGGUUCAUCAAAUAGCAGCAUUGGAGCGUCUGCCCUUCCCACGCACAACCUCCGUAACAAAAUGGAAGAGCUCAACAGACAGAUUGAGGAACAGAAACAGCAAAUAUUCAAAAUGGCCCAAGCAGAUUCCUCAGUUCACAGUGCUGAUAAUGAAGCUUAUUCACCAUCACGCCCAUUGUCGCCUGCCCCUCGAGGUGUUCCGUUAGCAGAUAUAGCGCUACCUUCAAACCUCCAAGAGAUACUUGCCACAAUCAAACAGCGCUCGGAAAGCGUCGCAGAUGUCGACAUGCGCACGAACAUGCCCUAAGACUAGGCUUCUCAAUAAGAAUUAUAAGAUUUAGUUUAAAAUAUUUGAGCUAUUCUCGUGACUUGGAUAAAACAAUGUUUAAAGACAUCUUGGUCACAGGCUGGUCUAGCAUGUACACAUUUUAAUUCGAAACCAGUGUAGAUUAUAAUAGAGGGAUCACACAAGUAUGUUUAAUGUUGUCUUAAUUUUUAACUUACAAUAUUAUUAUACUUCCACAAUUAAAUGUAAUAGAUGCAUAGCAUUUUUGUCAGUUUUAUGUGCAAUAAGCAAACAUUUGGAUGUUCUCAAUUUAAGUGAUAAAUUGUAUAAAUUGGUUUUUCAAUCAAUUGAUUUGAGUGAUAAAAUAAUGCAAGAGAAAAGUAUGUAUAUAAUCAAUAUAUACAUGUUUAAUAUAAGUUUGUAUCAAUUGUUUUCUUGUACAAAAUUUAGAAUAAAUAUUUUUACUUAAAAACUAUAAUUUAAUCAUAAGGUUUAUGUCAUGAAUGAAAUAAAGAUUUAAGAAUACAA